ACCACCAGGGGGUUGUGGGAACCGCGGUUCCGGGAUGGUGGGCGGCGGCGGUGGCGGCGGUGGGCUCCUAGAGAAUGCCAACCCCCUCAUCUAUGAGCGUUCCGGGGAGCGGCCAGUGACGGCGGGCGAGGAAGAUGAGGACGUGCCCGACAGCAUCGACGCCCGGGAGAUCUUCGAUCUUAUUCGCUCCAUUAAUGACCCGGAGCAUCCACUGACACUGGAGGAAUUGAACGUAGUAGAGCAAGUUCGGAUUCAGGUUAGCGACCCGGAGAGCACAGUAGCAGUGGCCUUCACGCCCACCAUCCCACACUGCAGCAUGGCCACGCUUAUUGGCCUUUCCAUCAAAGUCAAGCUUCUGCGAUCCCUUCCCCAGCGGUUCAAGAUGGAUGUGCACAUUACACCCGGGACCCACGCCUCGGAGCAUGCAGUGAACAAACAACUUGCAGAUAAGGAGCGAGUGGCAGCUGCCCUGGAGAAUACGCACCUGCUAGAGGUUGUUAAUCAGUGUCUGUCAGCCCGCUCGUGAACCUGGCUUUUGACCACUAGUCUGCACACGGGUGUCCUGGCCUCAGCUCCACCAAGGGCUCAUGGCUUUGUUUUCUUGAAUCACUGACAAGGAGAAACUUAACACUUUUUAUUUUGUAAUAAACCCUUAAUUUAUAUUCAUUUUCCAGCAUG